AUGAUACUUCCGCGCAGUCUAUACACUGAGUCUCCGCCAGAGCGCCGCACCCGUGCCACCAACAACCCUACCCUGCUGUACAGCUGGUGGUGCACCAUCUUCUCCCUCGUCAUCAUAGGCUUUCGCUUGUCUGGCCGCUACAUCCGCAAUGAACGUCUGUUUCGAGAGGACAAGAUCAUGGCCUGGAGCGUCGUUCCCCUCAUGGUGCGCAUGAGCUUUGUACAUGUGGUCCUCAUCUGGGGCACCAACAACGUCAACGUCAGCACCCUGCACGACCCUACCAAGAUCCGCCACCGAGAGAUUGGUUCGCAAAUGGUUCUCGCCGCAAGGGUCUUCUACGCCAUGUUCAUAUGGAUGGCCAAGUACACAGUAUCUGAGUUCCUGAAGCGUCUGACAGAACGGUUCUGGAAAAUAGGCUACGAAUGGGGUUUACGUGUCAUUCGAUUCUUCUUGGUCGUCACCUUCAUCGCAGUCCUCAUCGCGACAUUAGCAGAGUGCCAACCUUUCACACACUACUGGCAGGUGGUCCCAACACCCCAGCCACGAUGCCGUCAAGGUUACGCCCAGCUGAUCACCAUGGGUGUCGCCGACAUCAUCACGGACAUCCUUCUCAUCGCCUUUCCCAUUCCUAUCAUCAUCCGCUCAGGCAUGCCAUUGAAACGCAAGAUUUCUCUUGUAGGCCUCUUUUCCUUGUCGGCCGUCCUCAUCGUCAUCACAGGAGCACGUGUGCCAAUGGUCAUCGAGAAGCGUGGUCUGCAACAGUUCCGCUCCAUGUUUGCGUCGUCUGAGAUUCUCGCCGCUACCAUCGUUUCCAAUGCCAUCGUUCUUGGUUCUUUCCUUCGGGACCGAGGCUUGAAGAAAGCGAAGUUCAAGGCACCCUCUACCACCGACAGUAUAGAGCGCAGAGGAUCCGCUCGCACACAUACACUCCAACAAUGGGGCAGCGACGAAGAUCUCGCGCGAUCACUCGGCUAUCGAACAAAGCCUGAGUUGGCCGACAAGGAGAACAGCAAGCCUAGGCCAGCACCCAUGGCUGAUUUGGAUCUUCUAGCGCCCAACAAACAGCCUGGGCCCUUCGUAAACACCAACUGGCAGUUUCCAGCCAAAGAAGACAGCUUACCGCAGACUACCAGCAAUUCGAGUGUUAGGGUAGCAGACAUUCGAGAUCCCAUGCCCAGUCCACGUGCCAGCAGUGGGAGACGGGUCUCCUUCUUCGACGUUGGUGGUUUGUUGGAGAAUGGUUCGACUACCGCUCCUUCACCAACAGACUCUGUCGUUGCGCACGACUUUGCACCUCAGCCGCGCAGAGGCUCGAGAGCAUCAAAUACGCUGUUGCCCAACGGCCGCGCGUACCCGCCGCCAGCACGUCGAUCGUCACGGCUGUCGCAGCAGUCGGAGGAUUACGAGAUGUCUUCUCGGCCCAACAACCAAUUACGAGAUCCCGGUGGCCUUCUAUCGGAGGAUCGCGAGAUCGAGAUGGAGCAGCGAACACCUGUCUGUCCUUCACCACCACCUUCGAGCUCAUCGAACAGCCUCGCUCUCUGUCACGCGCGUAGUACAUCCCUGCAUCGCAGUUCGACACAAGCAUGCUACAACGUCCCACCACUACAAGAUGCGGGGGGUCUCAUCACCAGCCGUUCACAUACGCCAAUCACAGGCAGCUCCACCCACACCAGCUACGACGUGCCUUCUCUGCGGGAUGCCGGCGGGUUGCUGUCCUCGUCCUCGUCCCCUUUCGAAUGA